GCCCACGCCAGGGUCGGCAAAAAACCGCGCUCCCGGUCUCAGGAGUUCGAGUAUGGCAAGUCGCUGCCCCCUCUGUCUCCUAGCAUUAUCACCCGGAACAAGGGUCCGGAGACUGGAUUUUUUGUGUCGUCCGUUGCGGCAGGUCCGGCAGCAGACUCGUUCCAGAUCAAGACCACCAAGCCCAAAGCGGACGGCCUGCUUUCUGUUCUCAGAGCAGCAGAGAACCUGGACGCCAAUCCGUUCUACACCUCCAUUGUGUCGACCGUGUCGUCCUCGUCGUCUUCCGCGUCGUCGUCCUUUUCAUCUUCGAAUUUCCCUAUCAGUCCGCUAGCUUCGUCCACCUCGCUUAUCAGCAGCCAGUACCAAUACCAAUACCCCCCAAGAGCACUCGAAAUCCCGUACAAGUCCAAAGCUGAGCACCCUGUGGCCUCCGAAACAGACAUCAAGCGCAAAAUGAGCAUCAGCGAUUUACUUCUAUAGGUUUUCUAGUGAUUUAACAUUCAGCACGAUGUUGGCAACGCCAAGGUGCUUUUCAAGGCCGUGUAAUUAAUUAUUUUUUGCUACCACCAAACUGCGCCAAGAUUGGUCGCCUCUCAGGCUAAAAUUCCUUCUUUAACAGACACUCUCUUUUUAAUUGAAACAGUUUGGACUUUCUAGCUCCGUGUACUGACUUCGCCAAAUCAACAAUCUAUUCAUCCAGAGAUCCAGAGUCGUCAACAACAUUGCUAUCAUCCAGAGCAUUCAGAGCGCCCUGAGCCGUUUCAUAUGUUUGCGGAAUCGUAUUUCAUGGCAGUCGCCAGUGACGGAUUAUCCUACCAGCAGAUUACUUUCUUGACCUUUCAGGCUGUUACUGAAGUUGUUAUCAUCUGUCUAGCGGGCUUUUGGGCCGCAAAAACAGGUCUCCUCAACAAUGAAGCCACAAAAAUCAUUUCCCGGCUGAAUGUCGACCUCUUCACGCCAGCCCUUAUCUUUUCGAAAUUGGCCUCCUCUCUGUCGUUUCAGAAAGUGCUCGAGGUUAUUGUCAUUCCUAUAUUCUACGCACUCAUCACAGGAAUCUCCUACGUUGCCUCCAUCUGGAUGUCGUCCCUUCUUGGGCUGCCCGAGCCCGAGGCCAAUUUUGUCACAGCCAUGGCUGUCUUUGGUAAUUCGAACUCUCUGCCCGUGUCUCUGACUUUGGCGCUUGCAUACACCUUGCCGGGUCUUGAAUGGGACGAGAUCGAAAAUGACACGCCGGACCAGAUCGCCUCCAGAGGUUUGAUUUACUUGCUCAUUUUCCAGCAACUAGGACAAGUGCUCAGAUGGUCUUGGGGUUACAACACGUUGUUGAAAAAACGUUCUCCCUCUGUGGAGAUUGCUCUCAAUGACGAUCCCGAGAGCCAGUCUCUAGAGACCCAUAGGCCAUCCAGCUAUGGAUCGACAGACGAACACUCUAACGAAGAACAGGGAUUGCUCAGCCACCCGCCUCCUAAUCCCGGUAGGUGGAGCGAAGGUUCCUCGAUAUCUUCUCACGAGAGCCUCUCAAAGAGCGCCAAUAUCGACGUGGAGACCGAAAACCAGCAGGCAGAUGACAAAAGGCCGUUGCUACUUAGGAUCUGGAGCAAAUUCCUCUCCGCUAUGAAUCCACCUUUGUGGUCCAUGUUGAUCGCCAUCAUUGUCGCCAGCGUGCCUCAAAUCAGAUACGAGUUUUACGAAAAGCAGGGAUUCAUCCAAAACACACUGGCUUUAGCAAUAAAGCAACUUGGAUCGGUCUCAAUUCCACUGAUCCUGGUGGUAUUGGGAGCAAAUUUAGCUCCGUCCCAGGAUAUUCCUCCCGCUAGCCCCCACUACUCCAAAAUCGUGUUCGGAUCGCUUGUAUCAAGGAUGGUGCUUCCGUCCAUUGUGCUUCUCCCCAUCAUCACGCUAUGCGCCAAGUAUGUGGGGCUGAGCAUUCUUGACGAUCCGAUUUUUUUGGUCACUUCCUUUUUGCUUAUCACAUCUCCUCCAGCUAUCCAAUUGUCGCAAAUCUGCCAGCUGAACGAAGUGUUCGAGAGGGAGAUGGUGGGCGUGCUUUUCUACGGGUACGCGAUUCUGACAUUGCCGGUCACCAUAGUGAUUGUGGUUUCUGCGUUGGAGUGUUUGAAAUGGGCCAAGAUGUAAUAAAAUAAUAAUCUGCCAAUCAUAUAACGGUUAGAAAAAGAAAAG